AUGGCGAGCGUUCAACAAGGAGAGAAACAGCUUUUUGAGAAGUUCUGGCGAGGAACCUUUAAAGCCGUGGCCACCCCGCGUCCCGAGAGCAUCAUUGUCGCCAGUAUCACGGCCCGCAAGCCGCUGCCAAGGACAGAACCCCAGAGCAGCCCCAUGGUGCCAGCUCAGGAUGGACCCUCGGAAAAGCUGAGCCAGCCUCUGGCCACUGAGGUCUUGGGCUCCAACAGCUGGGAGAGAGGCAAAGCCUGCCGGGAGGCCAGUCCUGCCAGAGCACACAGUGCCUCCCAAGGCAAAGACUUGACGCCACCCCCUUCCUCCAGGGGGAAGAAGAAAAAGAAGAAAGCUACCCGGAAGAAGAGAAGGAGGUCCCCAUCAUAUAGCCCAUCGCCUGUCAAGAAAAAGAAGAAGAAAAGUUCCAAGAAACAUAAGAGACACAGGUCGUCCUCCAAGAAGAGAAGGCACAGCUCCUCCAGCCCAAAAAACAAAAGAAGGGAAGAGAAGAGGCACAAAAAACAAUCGCGAAGCCGGCCCCGAAAGUCUCACCGCCACCGUCAUCACCACUGCCCCUCGCGGUCCCAGAGUUCGGAGUCCCGCUCCUCAAGCUGUGACAGCAGGCACCGUGGCCAGUCCCCCGAGGAAGGGCGGAAGUCCCGCCGAAGGCACUCUCGCCGCUGCUCCAAGACCUUCUGCAAGACCAGCCCUGAGGCCCGGUCCAGCCCCCCGCCCAGCCAGCCCCUCCAGAUGCUCAGCUUCCUGUCGGCCAGGGGUGUAAUCGCUGGGUCGGGGUCUGCUGCUGACCUCUUUACCAAAACAGCCAGCCUGCUCACCACCUACCGAGGACGCUCCCAGGAGUAUGACUCAGGCAAUGACACCUCCUCGCCACCCUCCACGCAGAUCAGCUCGGCCAGGUCUCGGGGUCUGGAGAAGGGGAGCCCCACUGGGGGCCUAAGCAAGACCCGGGACCCCAACAGUGGCAACACCUCUGAUUCAGGGAACUCCUUCACCACCUCCUCACCCCAGAACAAGGGGGCCACUUUGGAGAAUCUCUCCCCCACCAGCAGGGGCAGAGAGUCAAGAGGAUUCCAGUCGCCAUGUCUGGAAUGCACCGAGGUGAAGAAGUCCAGUUUGGUCCCAUCCGCAGCCCGGAGCUCCCCCAUGCGAGGGUGCUCCCGCAGCUCCUCCUGUGCCAGCACCCACCCCUCCAGCCACUCGUCCCGAUCCCCAAACCCCAGGGCCUCCCCCAGGUACACCAGGAGCCGAUCCACCUCCUCUGGGAAAAGGUCCUCCUCCCGCUCUCCCAGCUAUUCCUCCAGCUCUGGCAAGAGGAGCCCGCCUAGCAGAAGCUCUAGGUCCCGCCGCAGCCCCAGCUACUCCCGCUACAGUCCCAGCAGGGAGCGGGACCCCAAGUACAGCGAGAAGGGUUCGCAGCAGCGGGAGCGCGAGCGAGCGCGGCGGAGACGUCGGUCCUACUCGCCCAUGCGGAAGCGCCGGAGAGACUCCCCGAGCCACCUGGAGGCGCGGAGGAUAACGAGCGCCCGGAAACGCCCCAUCCCCUACUACCGGCCCAGCCCCUCUUCGUCCAGCGGCCUCAGCAGCACGUCCUCCUGGUACAGCCGCUCAGCCAGCCGAAGCUCUUCCCGGAGCCCGAGCCACAGCCGCAGCCGCAGCUGCAGCCGCAGCCGCAGCCGCAGCCGGACCCACACUAGCAGCAGCUGCAGCUCCCGCAGCCCCAGCCUGGGGUCUCGGAGCCGGAGCCGGAGCCGGAGCCGGAGCCGGAGCUACAGCUCAGCAGACAGCUACUCCAGCACAAGGCGCUAA